UCUGCUUACACUCGUCCGCAAUCAGACCAUUCUGGGGGAGGUCCAAGGGUAGGAAGGGGGGGCGGUCAGACCACUAGAGCUUGCGCGAGCUCCGUUCGCGUCGCAGGGAAGUCGCGCGCCGCAGGGGCGCCGCCGCGGUUUCGGGGGCCUCAGCUUCGGUCGCGGCGGCCUGUCCGGGCGGCUCCGGGUCGGCCGCGAACUCCGGCGCUACCCGGCGCGGCGGGCCGCGGGAACUGUUCUCGCGCCGCAGUGACCGUCCGGCCGGCGCGACCCUUGGAGAGACCCUUGUCGUCGUCUCGGGCGCGGCUUGGCCGGCGCCCAGAGGCAAGACUCUUGGAGAGACCCUUGGAGAGACCCUUGUCGGCGUCUCGGGCGCGAGUUGACGCGUCGAGCGCUCGCGGCGGAGUGAGGAAGCGCGCAGGAGCGAGCCCGGGUCGGCCGAGGGUGAGAACUCGGGCGCUUCUCGGCGCGGCGCGCCGCGGGAACUGUUCUCGCGGCGCAGAGACCGUCCGGCAGGCACCACGCGCGGUGAGACUCUUGUCGUCGUCUCGGGCGCAGCUUGGCCGGCGCCCAGAAGGUUGCGAAAUCCCCGGACUCGAGCGGCUCCACAGCGGAGAACCACGACACGCCCCGCGCACCCUGGACAUAGUCUCCCGUCGACGCGUGCCACGCGUGGUAGCGGGCGAGCGGCGCGGAGAAAACGACUUGCAACGCGCCGUAGGCGACUCCGCCGCCCAUCUCGACCGCCACGACAAAGCCCGCGCCGGACGCCUCGACGACGAGCUGCGCCGGCGUCUUGGGCGCGACGACGGCGGUGAGGCGGCGUGUUGGGCAGCUGCCUUGCGUGACGCCGCACGACGUCGACGCGCACGGGGUGUUGUCGAACGCGUAGUCCAGGUUCACGCUGUCGUCCACGCACCAGCCGAGGUCCUGGUCGAAGGCCGA